AUGGCAACCCAGAUCUUCUUCCGAGUCUUCCCCAAAACCCAAACCGUAACUUCCCUCUUCUCUCGCUUACUCUCCACCACCACCACCACCACCACCACCACAGUCACCGUCCCCUCUUCAUCUGCCAACUCUCUCCUUCGCCGACUCCGCCCUCUUUCCACCGCUUCCCUCACCUCCCGCCGUGUCCUCGUUCUCCCUAACUCCUUCCGCUCCUUCUCCACACGCGCUACCACCUCUUCACUCAACGACCCUAACCCUAACUGGUCUAACCGUCCCCCAAAGGAAACCAUCUUGCUCGAUGGAUGCGAUUUCGAACACUGGCUUGUGGUUAUGGAGAAACCUGAAGGUGAUCCCACAAGAGAUGAAAUCAUUGACGGGUAUAUCAAAACACUCGCGCAGGUUAUCGGUGGAAGUGAGGAAGAAGCAAGGAUGAAGAUAUAUUCUGUUUCAACUAGACACUACUUUGCUUUUGGAGCUCUUGUGUCUGAAGAGCUCUCCUACAAACUUAAAGAACUUCCCAAAGUUCGAUGGGUUCUACCUGAUUCAUAUUUGAAUGUGAAGGAGAAAGAUUAUGGAGGUGAGCCCUUUAUUAAUGGGCAAGCUGUUCCUUAUGAUCCCAAGUACCAUGAAGAGUGGGUUAGAAACAAUGCCCGUGCAAAUGAAAGGAACAAGCGCAAUGACAGACCUCGUAAUGCUGACAGGUCAAGAAACUUUGACAGGAGAAGGGAAAAUGUGGUGAACAGAGAUAUGCAGACUAGGCCUCCAAUGCAGAAUCCUGGGCCUAAUAUGGCUGGUCCGCCUCACAAUGCUGGUGGAUUCCCUCCCAACAAUGCAGGUGGGUACCCUCCUAACAACAAUGCUGGUGGGUACCCUCCUAACAACAAUGCCGGUGGGUACCCUCCUAACAACAAUGCCGGCGGAUACGCCCCUAACAACACAACUGGCGGUUACCCUCCUCCCAAUAUGGGUGGACCUCCUCCUAACAUGGGCAGACCCCCUCCUCCUCCUAACAGUGGAUAUGGUAUGCCUCAAAAUAACUACCCUGGCAACAAUGGAGGCGUGCAACAAAACCCAAACAUGGGAGGGUUGCCUCCAAAUGCAGGAUGGGCAAAUAAUCAGUAG